AUGGCUUUCACACUCCAAUGCUGCUGCAUUUCCCUGGCCAUGUUCCUCUCUUUAGGGUUCUGGGCUUCUCAAGUAGAAGCCCGGGCUCUAGCUGAAGUGUCUAUUGUGGAUAGACAUGAGCAAUGGAUGGCUCAAUAUGGGCGUGUGUACAAAGAUGCCACAGAAAAAGAGAAGCGGUUCUUGAUAUUCAAGAACAACGUGGAACGUAUAGAGUCUUUCAAUAAGGCUGAUGACAAACUAUACAAGCUAGGCAUCAAUCGAUUUGCAGACCUAACCAAUGAAGAGUUCAAAGCAGCUCACACUGGAUACAUGAAGCCUACAAUACAAAGAUCAUCGUCAAACACAGUGUUUAGAUACCAUAACGCGACUGCUGUGCCAACUAAAAUGGACUGGAGAAAGGAAGGAGCUGUGACGCCCGUCAAGGACCAAGGUGGAAGUUGCGGAAGUUGUUGGGCGUUCUCAGCAGUUGCAGCCGUGGAAGGAAUUACCCAACUGAAAACUGGUAAACUAGUGUCUCUGUCAGAGCAAGAGCUAGUAGACUGCAAUAGAGACGGCACUAAUGAGGGCUGCAAUGGUGGCUACAUGAGCAAAGCCUUCCAAUACAUCCUCCACAACAAAGGCCUCACAACUGAAUCUAACUACCCAUACAAGGGAAUUGAUGGCACUUGCAAUAAGAAGGCGGCUGCCCAUCACGCAGCAAAUAUCAGUGGAUACGAAGAAGUUCCAGCUAAUAAUGAGGAGGCCCUGCUCAAGGCAGUAGCAAAUCAACCUGUCUCCAUUUCCCUAGAGGGAGGUGGAUUCGACUUUCAGCUCUAUUCCAGCGGGAUCUUUAAUGGGAAGUGUGGCACUGAUCUUGAUCAUGCUGUUACGGCGGUCGGCUAUGCAGUGAGUAAAGAUGGGACUAAGUAUUGGUUGAUGAAGAAUUCAUGGGGAGCUGGUUGGGGUGAGAAUGGGUACAUGAGGAUUCAGAGAGAUGUUGCUGCAAAGAAGGGUCUUUGUGGGCUUGCCAUGAUGGCAUCCUUCCCUACUGCAUAGCAAGUGAAGAACUAGUGUUGAUGGAUCAUGUAACUCCAGUGCUUCAUGUUUAUCAUUCAAGUAUCUGCCUC